AUGUCCCAAGUCCUCAGCCGGAUCAUUGCCAUUGACAGUUUUUGUGUAAGUGGGUGUGUGGAUAGAGACCUGGUUAAAGGGAACAUCGUCCUCUGCGACGACUUCCUAGGAAACAAAGAGGCUUACCUAGCAGGAGCUACUGGAGCCAUUGUUCAAAACACCGAACACAUUGACUCCAGAUAUCGCCUCUGUGUUCCCAUUUCCGGCCUCUUCUCUGAACUCUGA